AAUGAACUGAGUACAAGUGGUGUUUUCAAAUAUACAUAUGUUUCUUGUGGUUUGCGCGGACACCACAUAUUUCUUCAGUAAUGGCACAAGGGUCUCCGACAGAUAAUGGAGCCUGGAGAUGGGUUGUUGUUUUUGGUGCAUUCAUUUCGCACUUCAUAACUUGUGGCUUUGAGAAGGGAUAUUCGAUCAUUUAUGUCGAAAUCAUACGAGUAUACGGUACAAGUGCUGCGAUGGCAGCAAGUCUCGGAGGUUUCGCAUCAGCAGUUCGUUUACUAUUAGCCCCCUUGUCGGUUUCAUUGAGUAAUAUUUAUUCUGAACAGAAAGUAGUAAUGGCAGGUGGGAUACUAACAUUUUUGGGUCUGCUCAUAUCAGCAUUAAGUGACCAUUUCGCCUUUGUUUUUAUCGGAUAUGGAGUCAUAUUUGGUUUCGGAUUAACUCUCACAUUUACACCCUCACUAAUCAUAUGUACAUAUUACUUUCACGAACGCCGCGCUACCGCUCUUAGUCUUUCUCUAGCUGGAUGUGGCUUUGCCACAAUGAUUUUGCCGUAUUUUUUCUACUACUUGAUUUCUCAAUAUGGACUUUCCGGAGCUCUGAUAAUGCUUUCUGCGUUCAGUUUGCAUUAUUGUGUUGCUGGUGCUUUAUACUUCAAAAAGGACUUCGUAAAAGAGACUGCUGAAUCCAAAUUUGACUCCGAGAAUGACAAGUUGACUUUGCGCUCACGAGUUUUUAGGUAUCUCCGCCUGCUACUGAAGAUCAAGAUCGCAUCUGGAGUAUGGGUAAAGCUAUUUUUAUUUUCAUUCAUCUUGAACAUGAUGGGCUCAGGCCCAGUUACAACCCUAUUAAUCGAUUAUUCGAAGCAGCUAGGGGUUAUCGGCGCUCAGUCAGUACAAUUACUUGCUAUUGAAGGUACAGUACAGUUGGUGAUGCGGAUAGCUCUGGGAUUCAUUUUCGAUUACCGUUUCAUAAAACCUCAUCGAGGUCUUAUAUGGACUGGGGGAAUAGCAUUUUCUUCCGUAAUAAUUAUCUUCAUUGCAUUUGCCUCCCAAUUGAAGUAUUUGUCUGCUCUUAUGUUUUUGCGAGGGUUAUUUUUGGCUCUUUAUAUCUCACAGCAAGCUGUAGUUUUAUCGGAUUUAUGUGAAGGGCAACCAGAAACAACGAGUCAAACAAUUGCCAUUGCACAAAUCUGCAAAGGAUUAGGAACGUUGAUUGGAUCUUACUUUUCUGGUCUAAUCAAAGAUUAUACUGAAGAUUAUCGUCCUGCCUUUAUUUUCCUUGGUAUAAUGCAAUUCAUUGGUUUUAUCACAGCGAUUACUUCUAUUAUUUUGGCGCGAAUAAAUUUACGCAAAGAAAAAAGUUUACUUGCUGUUGACAAUUUAUUAUCUAAUACUAGUGUUGCAAAUGUUUCAGAAGUUUCAUUAUCACAACCAGUGUUAAAUGAAAAUACAACCUCAAAUAAUAAUCAACUUAGUCCUUCUUCAUCUCCUCUCUUUAUCCACAAGGAGAUUAAUGAAACAAGUACACUUCAAAAUCCUAAAAUAUGAUUAUUUUUUUGUAAUAACAUGUCUUCACUUCUUACACUAUUCAAGAUGGAGUAAUCAUUAUCAACCUAAAACAGAUCUGUAUAUGUAUAUAAAAAUUUUAUUUCUGUUUUUGAUAGACUGUUGUGUCAACUUUAUAGAUUAUACAGCGUAUUUCUUCAUUUCCAAAUGCUUUUCUUACACUAUUACUCAACUAUUUGCUUAUUAUCUUUUUUUAUUUUCUCAUACCCGGUUAUCUUUAACCGAUCGUACCAUAUGUAUAUAUCCCUUAAUUUAUCGACAAAUCAACCAAUAAACAAUCCGAGUAAUUUUUCUUAUGAUGAACUAUCGUGUAACUAUUCAUUUCACUGACUUUGGUUAUUCUUUCAGAUGUAAAAUUUUACCAGAUGCAGUAACUGUACUGCUAAAAAACACUAAUCUAUUGACAAUUGGUGUCUGCUUUUUCAUUAAAAGGUUAGUAUAUUAGGCAGCGUUUCGCUAUCUAUUACCUCAAGCAUGUAAAAUAUGGACUAGCACUACGUAGAGAUUAUUACGUUGUCAACUUUUAUCGACUGAGGUGACGAUGAUGUAUGCUACGUACGUCUACUGAGAUGCUCUUUCUUGACUAGCCUAGGAGCAUCUUGUAAAGAGAUUUAAAGGUGGUCACUUCGUAGUAACGAUUCCAGUCUAAAAAGUCACUGAAGACCAUCAUGAACUGUGUUUAGAAGAGAAAGCACUCCUUGUGGUGUCAGCUAGCUAAUCGUAAUCUAUAUUUGGUAGCUUUAGGUAAUAUGGCUCAUAAUUGAGGCGCGACUGAGGUUUCGAGGGAACUGAUGUUUCCGUUGAGUUUAGAAAACUUUCACAGUCAAACUUUACUACUAAGUUACGAAUAAUUCCUUAAUUAAUCCAAAAUAGAAUGUAACCCAAGUCUAUGAGUUUCAGCCGUUCACUCCUAACCACCUGAUAGUAAACAAAGUUCAUUUAAUAUCGAAUUAUUUAGAUUAGUGACUACACUGCAGUAUAGUUAAUAGAACUUCAUCAAUACUAGGAGUUAUACGCUACGACAUUGGUUAUUAAUCAAUGAUCAAUUAGUUCCCAUUCUCAGGUUUAUAAACUUAGUUGCCAUUAUAAAAUUUAAGUUGUCCUUAUAUAUGCCAAAACAAUUUAUUUUCACUUGAAACCUGCUUUAAUAAUCCUUUAUCGUCUAAUAAUGCAUUAGGUGGUGUUGAAAUUUUUAUCCUCUUUAUAACACUAUUUCUCAUUCUGAUACUUCUUGUUAUUAAUUCAGCUAAACUUCGUCUGUUGUUCAUAUAAAAUACUAUCAAAAAUUCUAUUACACCAUUUUGAAUGCUUCUUUUAAAUACAAGAAUAUUAUUUUUUAGAUUGACUUCGUCUCCUUAUUACAUUACCUAGGCAUAUAAAAAAGACCACUUUUUAAUUUAAUUUGGAAUUGAGUCCUUUUCACAUUGUCUCCAAUUUUUAGCUAUUAGUUACAACCCUCUAUAAGAUUAAAGCGUACUACUCAUAACGACAUCUCUUGGCUACGGUGUCACAAAUGAUGUAAUUUAAUUAUUGCUAACUUUUGUUCUAGGGUUGCAAAAACUGAAUGAGCACUUCUAUCUAAUGAUUCUGCACUAAAAUUUUACUUAAGUCAUCUGUGACAGUUUUAUGCAUGCACGCCUAAACUAGUGUCUCUCAUUUCUAUUGAUCAACGUUGUACCGGCAGCGUUUACAAUCUUGUGUUCAGUGAAUUCAUUCCUGUAACCUUAAACAUUUAUGAAGUCACAUUUUCAAAGGUAAAUUUAUCAUAUACUUUUCGAAAAUAUCACGUUUAUUGCCAAUUCUAACUCAUGACAAUCUACUUAUUACAUAGCAGUUGACUGCAUUUAUAAAAUUUUUUUU